AUGGUUGCCAUACCCAAUGUCAACGUCGAUCACCUGCGACAUGACUUCAAAGCCCGCAUCGACACCGACAAAGCCUCUCCCCUAUGCAUCUGGUGCAAGAGUGGCAAGAGCAGGAAACACAAACUCCUCGACUGCCCCAGAGCAUUCCCCCUUCCCGACCAACGUACCCCUUUCAGUAACGAGGUCUUUGGCGCAGGGCAUGAGGAUGCUGCUGUUGCUUACAUUCACCAGCUCCAGCGUGAACACAACAAUCGACAAGAUGGUCUCACACCCUUCAACAGCGGCAAGCUGAGAUACCAGAUUUCGGAUACGCAAGAUGUGACUAGGUCCAGUAGUGUUGCUUCGGCCUCCGCUGUUCCGCCUUCAGCUACUGCGGCUCCACCAGUGUCGGCUGUUGCGGCUCCUCACGUCAUUGCUCCUGUCGCUACAGCUUCUGCCCCCGCUGCCAACCUAUCUGCUGCGUUGGGUGGGUUGAACGUCUCGAGCUCCACGCGCGCUCUUCCUACGACAAACUCCGGUGCCGCUGCCGCUUCCACGGGUCCGGCUCCGUCAGCUGGCUCAGCUAUUCCGAUUGCUUACGAAGAUGAGAACGUACAGCCUUUGCAAGCUCGGAACGCUCCUGAUGUCCGCGAGAUGGUGAGAGGGGGUCUUAUCAUCAAACCAAAGCCGGACACCAAGGAGAAGCUUUCAGUUUUGCAAACAGUAAAGGCAGACUUCCACACCAGAGAGAGCUUUGUUGAUGCAAAGGGAAGAGUCUACACCAACCAUUUCCAGCUUACCAUUCAACCGGAUCAAAAACUCUACCAAUACAAGAUUGGAUCGACUCUCCAAGGUAGAAACAAGAGGAAGAUUCGUGCGCUGAUGAAGACAACUAUGGACUCGUACGAUUUCCUGAAGGAUCAUUCAGCGUUCUUUGCAACAAAUCACUUCGACACCAUCGUUGCCUGGAAACCGCUUCAUUCGUCAGUAGGGCCGCAGCAUCAUCGAAUCGAUGGUGAUGGCCAGAACGCUGGUUCUGCUUGGAUGUUGCAACAUCAGCUACAGGACGGAUUGACAAACAUCGGAAUCACAUUCAUAUUUGAGGGUAUGGUCGAUGUUGCUAGUCUUCUGAAGCACACAAACAUUGGCCCCAACUAUGCAAGUGCUGAUUUGGAACCCGCAAAGCGCGCACUGAACAUCAUCGUGUCCAAGUGCUUCGGAGAGACAACAUCGGAUAUGGUCCAGGUAGGAGCCAACAAAUUCUUCAGCAAGCGCGGAACCAAUGCUCUGAGGGGUUCUGCACGUCAGAACUCGGUCUCUCUUUGUACGAUGAGAGGAUACUACUACACCGUCAAAGCCGGAGUCCGCCACGUUCUACUUAACGUCAAUCCUUGCACAAGCGCAUUUUUCAACAAUGUCAGGGUCAGUGAGGUCAUGCGAGACACUCUGACUUUCAACCGAUGGGAGGUAGAAGGAGUCCUGAGAGGGUUGCGUGUACACAUCGAACUCUUGCGUGGAGACCAGAACAAGCCGGAAGCCUACGAGCGUCUGAAUACUCCUCAAGCUCGUGUCAAAACCAUUCAGGGAUUCGGCGAUUUACUUCGAGACCAGUACUUUGAUGACGUAAAUGGUGUUAGGCACAACGUGCUCAUCCAUCUACAGAACACGUACCCGAACAGAACGAUCCGCCAUCCAGAUCUUCCAGCUAUCAACCUUGGCUCCUCUUUGGAGCCAAAGUGGUACGCCCCAGAGGACUUGCUAAUCGUACCCUACCAGAUGUACAAGAGCGUAGUGCCCACAGCUUUGACCGAAUCAAUGCUCGAAACCGCGUGUUUGAAACCUGAAGAAGGCGCCGCUAGGGUAGAUGUUGAGGCGCUGAAAGCACUCGGAAUCGCCCCCACGGAGAAUGAUGCUAGACCUUUGUCACAAUGCUCCGCUCUGACUCUGGACCCACGUAUGCUGCUCGUUCCCAGUCACCAAUUCAGCUUCCCUACGAUCCAAUACGGCAUAAAGGCUGUCGAAGGUAGACCGUGGAACUUGCGGGGGCAAACCUUCUACCGCACGAACAAACGCGUAUUCAGAACGUUGGUACUUGCUGACCGCAGCGUCACGGGACCGACUCAAGCGUUGGCUAGGAACAAGUUUUCCGAUUUUGCCGAUACCAUGUACGGCGUUGCUACAAUCAACUUCAUUGGCACUCACCCCCUGAACGAUCCCAAAAACGCCUCAGCCAUUGAACACGCCAUUCGGAAGUCCAACCCAGACCUUGUUCUGCUGAUCCUAGGCAGCCGAGAUGUCGAAGCGUACUCUCGGUUCAAGGAUCUAACCGACAGGACUUUCGGCUGUCACUCGAUCUGUAUGACCGGACGAAUUUUUGACCAAGGAAUCGCCCCCAAGAUGGCCAACAUCAUGAUGAAGGCUAACCUAAAAGCUGCUGGGUCAAACCAUACCAUCCGGCACGGAAAGCUCACGGAGAUCAUGGCAGACACUCUGAUGAUUGAUGAUAUCGAAAGCAUGAUCGUUGAGCGAAUCAAGGAUUGGGUCGUCAUCAACAAGUUCCGUCUUCCCAGAAACAUAAUCUACUAUCGAGACGGUGUGUCAGAGGGACAGUACGCGGCUGUCCGAGACGAAGAGCUCAGCCAGAUCAUGUCCGCAUUCCCGAGGGCCCUUCAAGAACUGAAGAAGGAGUAUCAUGGUAAAUCCUUCAGCGGUGGAUUACCCAAGUUAACAGCCAUCGUUUGCGCUAAGCGGCACCACGUACGCUUUUACCCAGAGAAUGGAGCUACGAACAACGGAAACUGCCAACCCGGGACCUACGUGGAUGAUGUAGUCACCUCACCCUACUACGCCGAUUUCUACCUUCAAUCGCACUCCCCUCUCCAAGGCACCGCGCGACCAGCGCACUACUUCGUUCUACGCAACGAGAUGGACAGGACUGUCGAAGAGCUGCGGCAGCUAACCCACGAGUUGUGCUUCACCUACGUCCGGACAACCAGCGCAGUAUCCUACGCCUCCCCAGCCUACUACGCCGACCGCCUCUGCGAGCGCGGCCGCUGCUACCUCCGCGACUUCUUGGUCACGACGCAAGACGGCAAAACGCUCCGCAACGACCUAAAGAACUUCAAGCGAGCCGAGGAGAAGCGCCUGGCGGCGCGUCGAAAGGCCACAUACGGCGCACCCGGGGCCGGCAACGCUCGACACACAAAGGAAGACGCUGAGCGGGUUCAUGAACUCCAGGAUCGCAAGACGGUCGAAGACGCUUGUACCAACCAUACGAUGCAGAAGGCGAAGCGGGUCUUCUACAAGAACGGGCCUGAUAGGAACCCGUGGAGUGCGCGCAUUGCGCAUACCAUGUUCUGGAUGUGA